CCUCGUUUAGAGGACUUCAGUGCCUCCUCAACAGCCUAAAAAGAACCUUAAAGGACUUACUGGAUAAUAUGGAUUCUAGAUAAACAAAAUAUUCAUCCAACCAUAACCAAAUGAACUGAGGGAUAUCUGGGCACGCCCCCAAAUGUGCUGUUCAAACUCUGAGUACCUUGACAACGUUUUGGGUCUACAACAAAUAAUCUGAUGUAGGGCCGGCCUGGUUGAUGCAAAGACACAAUGAAAAUAGUGAGACUAAAUCAACAAUUGGGAUCUGAAGGUCAUGGCCAUUAAAAGUUGUGAGACGUGUUCACGUUGUUGAUGUAUAAUAACAGCUAUACCAUAGGCUACCUCUCGAACACAGUUUUCUAAAGUUCAAUCUUAAAGUUCAACGUUAAUUUCACUGACUUGUCCUCUCAGUAAUCAGAUGAUGAGGAUCACUGGGAUUCCCUUAUGUCACCCCCCCCCCCCCCAAACACAAGGGAAAAGCGAAAACGGAUCAAUCCGGAUUGGAAUUUUCCUCUGCGUGAAUCACCCAACCCAUCUGAUCCAAUCAACGGGUCACGAUCGCGCAGCGCGCCUAUAUAAACGACCACAACAUUAACACCCAACCAAAAGAAGCACCAACCAAGAACGUCUGCUGAUAUUGUAAAGACUUGACUGGUAACUACAGCUCACCACAGAAAAAGACAACAGGAGAACCCAAGAAAGUCCAAACGGCAAACAAACCAACCAGCAAACCAACAUAAAAUCCACUGCGUAAAGCGCAAGAGAGGUUCCACGAUGGAGAGGUCCGUUAGAUUCGCUGUUGUGUGCGUUGCUAUCUCCAUGCUUAUUUCGUGCCAUCCUAUCGAGGCAUGGUAUAAGCAGUCGACCGGUCCAAGCUACUAUUCAGUCGGCCGAGCUUCGGGGCUUCUUUCCGGGAUUCGGAGGUCCCCAUACAUCCGUAGGUCUGAGUCCGAAGAAACGGUUAUGGACAGCGGAGAGUCCACAGGUACUGGGAACAACGCGGUGACAGACGGUAACCGACAGACCCCUGUGUUAAAAAACAUGGCCAUUUGCGUGAAGGAAAUCUCUCCCAACCUGAAAAGCUGCGAGCUGCUGCGGGACGGGACCAGCACGUUCCAGUGCAAGGCUGACGUGUUACUCUCCCUGGACUCCCUGGACUGCCUGACCGUGUGAGCUGCAAAAACAUCUCCCUCCAGCGCCAACAACACCAAUUGACUUUUCGUGUGGCAGAGGGGGCCGGGACAGCACUAGCUAGCGAGAAAGAGGGGCCGUUAAUUGAUGAUGACAUUGAAUGUUUUCUCAUUUCUAUAAAAACGAUGUGAAGAUAUGUAUUUAAUACUGCUAGCGUGUAAAAAAAGAAACAAGUGAAAAACAAUAUGGAAAAACUCCAAAGUGCAAUGUGUGUUUGUGUGAGAGAAAGCUGUUCGCCUACUAGGCAACAAAUCUGUCAAACUCCCACUCCCCUAUAUCCUUGACCUGGCCAGUCCUCAACCAUUACCCCUUAAUUGUAUCCGCGUUGCCAAUUGUAGGCUAUUAUUAAAUGUUCAUAAAUCGUUGACUGCUGAGCAGAACCCGUCGAAGUACUUUUAUUUAUUAAAACGAACAAAUAUCGGUGACUUGGUUAGCAUACAUGUGUAUUUAUUCCGGACUGAUGUACUGUAGAGGUAUUGCGGUUUCCCAAAAAAGCAACAACUGUGUCGCAGAUGUUUCAUAUAGGCAAUUGUGUUUUUAUGCUUACAAAUUGUAUUUAAUUUUACAAAAUGUUAUGGUCAUUUAUGUUAUCUUUAUUUUUUUCAUGCUGAAAAUGAAUAUGGCCAACCACACACCCGACAAGUGAUUAAUAAACAUGUCAAAUAAGA